GGUGAUCCGCUGACAAAGGUUAAAAAGUGAUAAAAAAAGAAGAAAAACAUACGGUAUACAUCAAUUCGUACACAUUUACAUAUCAAAUUAACAAACUGUCAGAGUUGACGUUUGAUGUGGAAAACGUCAAUACUCGAAAAGCAUGUCAGAUAGUUUUAUCUGACAUCGGUUUCGAAGUGCUUUUCCUUUCACCUUCAGCAAUCUCUGAAGAUGUCGUCCAGGGUGUUGAGGAAGCUGCAGGGCGGUGACAAAGAGCUCGUAGAAGAAGGCAGCGACAAUGAUAACGAGCUUCCCUCCAGCGGCGGAGCGAGAAGGAAACAACUGAACAUCAACAGAUAUGACCUGUUGAAUCAGCUGUCCCAUUCCGAGAGUGAAGUCAAAGAGGAUGACAAUGAAACUGAGGCAGUCAAGCGCAAGAAGAAGAAGAAAAAGAAAAAGUCUGGCAAGUCUGCGAAUGUGGAGAGAAGCAGUGAAGACAAUGCUGAUAUUGAUGAAGUGGAGAGGUCAGUGAGGGAGGUGAAUAAGUUGCUGGGUGAAUCAAUCAUUGCCAGAUCAUCAUCAACUGGAAGCGGAAGCAAAGUGGAGAGGCACAGUCACAGCAGGAAGAACAUCCUGAGCAUCCAGCAUAAACACUUGAACCCCCAGAAUGAACUGAAACGCAUCUUUGGUUCAAAGAUCAUACAAUCUGAGCAUAAGAGGAAGAAUCGCGGGCAGAGGGGCCACGUGAAGAACACCUGGUUGGUAUCUGGAAAAGAGAAUUGGCCGCCCGUCUCUAAAACUGGAUUGACCAUGAGCCUCGUAGAUACUAAGCACAACUACUUCGGGCCUAUUCAGUACUUCACGUACGAACAUAGCACGUACUACAGGCAGAUCCAGAACAGAUUUCUGGACGCCGUCGACAGCCUAAAUCCCGACAACAUCGUUGCGAUCAUCAACGAUCAUCCUUACCACAUAGAUGCGAUGAUCCAGGUCUCCGAUCUGUGCAAGCUCAGCGAGGAUUUUGCGAUGGCAGCGGAACUGAUCGAAAGGGCUCUGUACUGUCUGGAAUGUGCCUUUCAUCCGUCUUUCAAUGUUACCCAAGGGCAAUGCCGUUUGGAUUACAAAAGACAGGAGAACAGGGCGUUGUUCAUUACAGUUUUCAAGCACCUUUUGAAUGUCGGCAGUCGUGCCUGCUAUAGAACUGCUCUAGAAUUCUGCAAACUCCUCUUGUCUUUGGAUCCGGAUGACCCGCUGGCUGUCAAAUUGGCGGUGGACUUUUAUGCUUUACGAGCUAAAGAGUACAGAUGGCUUAUCGAUCUCUUCACCGAGUGGGAACCUACGAAGAAUCUAUCGCAGCUUCCGAAUUUUGCUUUCUCCGUGCCCAUAGCUUAUUUCCACACUGCCAAUGGUGACACAGCUGUUGCUGACAGUUUGCUGCAGGAUGCCCUGAUCAUGUUCCCCGGUGUUCUUCAGCCGCUUCUAGAGAAAUGCUCGGUACAGAUAGAUGCGCGCGUCCAGAAGCACGAUUUCUUUGGAAGCCAUACGAUUAAUAAGCAGCCUUUAGCGUUGACGCAGCUGAUUAAUUUGUACGUGCACAGAAGUUAUCACGUCUGGAAGGAGUGCGACCUUCUUCCGUGGCUCGAGAAGAACGUGCACGAGGUUCUGGAUCGUGUGGACAGGAAAGAUCCCUUGAUCAAAGAAUACGAGGCCAAAAGAGGUCUCAGAUAUCAAGGCAACUUGCCUAGAAGUAUAGCUAGGCAUAUAGUCCUUAGCGACAUCAAAGGAGUCACAAUCAAUCAUAAUGAAGAAACUUCUGGAGCAAUAGUAUCGUUUGAUCCUCUACCACCAUUGGAUUCCAUCAAUAUUUAUACGAAGUCGAAGAAACCCCGUACUGGUAACACUCAGUCAUCGCCCUUGAGCAUGCUGUUCCGGUCCCUUUUACCGAAUUUUAACGCUAAUGAUAUCCCCGUGGAUCUUUUAGAGGAAGAAGACGGUGCCAGGGCUUUACCAGAAGAUGAGCCUCGUUUAGACGAGGAUCUUCGAAACAGAGUAACUUCGUUGGUAGGAGCUGUUAGAGAUUUGCUCAGCAAUAUUCGUUUGCCUGAUGUUCCCGUUGAUGCUGAUGUCGACGAGAACGAUGAUAGCGAUGACGACGAGCAGAACAACUAUUUAACUUAAAAACAUUCGUAUGAGUUAAAUGGUUUUAAAAAAAAAAUAUAUAUAUAUAUAAAUCAAUAUUUCACCGCUUGGAGUUUUGUACAUAUGAUAUAUGCAAUUAAUACAUUGGUUGACUCAUUUUACGUUGUAAACUAUUCCGAAAUCUUUAAAAGAUUUCUGCAUUUUCCGUUAUACUAUGUAAUGAUUUUAGAAUGCAAUAAAUGAAG